CGUACUGUUGCUGCUACAUGCUAAACACAAACCAUCGAGUAGAUGUUAAAAAACUAGUUAGUUAGUUAGUUUUGUGUAUGAGGUAGCUUUGCAGCAGUUGAUUGGACCGCCUGUCUGAUGAGUGGUGGUCAGAGAUGAGUGUCACUUUGGAUAUAAGACUGAAAAGAGCGAACAAAGUUUAUCAUGAAGGGGAAACGGUGGCCGGCGUCAUUGUACUGGCAUGUAAGGAGGCGAUGCAGCAUCACGGCAUCUCUCUGAGCAUGGAGGGACUGGUCAACCUGCAGCUGAGCUCCAAGAGCGUUGGUGUCUUCGAGGCUUUCUACAACUCUGUCAAGCCCAUCCAACUGAUCAGCUGUAACAUCGAGGUGGCCAAGGCAGGAAAGAUCCCAGGAGGCAAGACUGAGAUCCCCUUUGAGUUCCCUCUGCUGACAAAAGGCAACAAAGUGCUUUAUGAAACCUACCAUGGCGUCUUUGUCAACAUCCAGUACACACUCCGCUGUGAUAUGAAGCGUUCCCUGCUGGCCAAAGACCUGAGCAGGAACUGUGAGUUCAUCGUGCACUGUCAGCCGCAGAAAGCAAAAGUAGUUCCGACCCCAGUCAACUUCUCCAUUACUCCAGACACCCUGCAGAACAUCCGUGAGCGGAGUUCACUGCCAAAGUUUCUGAUCAAAGGCCAUUUAGACGCCACCAACUGUGUGAUCAGCCAGCCGUUGACGGGCGAGCUGGUGGUGGAGAAUUCAGACGUUCCAAUCAAGAGUAUCGAGCUGCAGCUGGUACGAGUGGAGACCUGCGGUUGUGCUGAAGGUUACGCCAGAGACGCCACUGAGAUCCAGAACAUCCAGAUAGCCGAAGGUGACGUUUGCCACGGCCUCCCAAUUCCCAUCUACAUGGUGUUCCCCAGACUGUUCACCUGCCCCACUCUGGAGACCACCAACUUCAAAGUCGAGUUUGAAGUCAACGUUGUCAUAGUGCUUCAUGACGAUCAUCUGAUCACAGAGAACUUCCCUCUGAAGCUGUGCAGGGUCUGAACCCGAACGUCACAUCAUAGCUGAGAUAAGUUCACUGGAGGCCUGUUAAGUUUUCA